AUGCUACCAUACGUAGAUGUCGUUUUCGAGUAUCCUGCCAAUAUCACAGGAGCUUCCGUUGAUGAACUGAAGCUUAUUGCGUCAUUCCUACUCUCCUACCCCCUGGCCGCGCUAUUGAAAAGAGUCCCAGACGCACAACCUUGGAAGAAGAAUGCAUUCAUAAUUGCUGUUUCAUUAUUUUAUCUUGUUGGCCUGUUUGACCUCUGGGACGGUCUCCGGACGCUAGCCUACAGUGCGGCCGGUAUCUACACGAUUGCCUAUUAUAUUGAUGGGUCGCUGAUGCCAUGGAUUGGGUUCAUUUUCUUGAUGAGCCAUAUGUCGAUCAGUCACAUCUAUCGACAAAUCAUAGAUGACGCGCAUGUAACUGAUAUCACCGGAGCCCAGAUGGUGCUCGUCAUGAAGCUUUCAUCGUUUUGUUGGAAUGUUCAUGACGGCCGUUUGUCCCAGGAACAGCUUUCAGACCCUCAAAAGUACGCCGCGAUCAAAGACUUUCCCAGUAUUCUGGACUACCUAGGAUAUGUGCUGUUCUUUCCGUCACUUUUUGCUGGCCCGUCUUUCGAAUAUAUCGACUAUCGCCGGUGGAUCGACACCACACUCUUUGACGUGCCUCCGGGUACGGACCCUUCCAAGGUCCCUCCGACUCGAAAGAAGCGCAAGAUCCCUCGAAGUGGAACUCCUGCCGCCAAAAAGGCGUUAGCUGGGUUAGGGUGGAUUCUUGCAUUCCUGCAGCUCGGGUCGUUCUACAACCAAGAAUUGGUCCUCAGUCAGACGUUCAUGCAGUAUUCCUUUCUUCGACGGGUAUGGAUCCUACACAUGCUCGGCUUUACGGCCCGACUGAAGUAUUACGGAGUGUGGUACCUCACAGAAGGUGCCUGUGUGCUAUCUGGCAUGGGAUACAAUGGCUUCGAUCCUAAGUCUGGGAAAGUGUUUUGGAACCGGUUAGAGAAUGUCGAUCCAUGGAGCCUGGAAACUGCUCAAAAUUCCCACGGCUACUUGGGGAGCUGGAACAAAAACACGAACCAUUGGUUGCGAAACUAUGUUUAUUUACGCGUCACUCCUAAGGGCAAGAAACCUGGCUUCCGGGCCAGUCUCGCUACGUUUGUCACCAGUGCAUUCUGGCACGGAUUCUACCCUGGAUAUUAUUUGACCUUUGUUUUGGGUUCAUUUAUCCAAACUGUAGCUAAGAAUUUCCGGCGCCAUGUUCGGCCAUUUUUCCUCACCCCUGAUGGCAGCCGGCCCACUGCUUACAAGAAAUACUAUGAUAUUGCCAGCUACGUUGUGACCCAGCUCACCUUGUCCUUUGCCGUCAUGCCUUUCAUCUUCCUAUCUUUCGGUGAUUCGAUCAAGGUCUGGAGGAGCGUCUAUUUUUAUGGUAUUGUUGGUAAUAUCGCAUCCCUUGCUUUCUUUGUCAGUCCCGCCAAAGGAUUACUUCUCAAAAAGCUGAAAGCACGCAAUAAACCCCACGUCCCCCGGGCGGUCAGCACGGAGAACAUACGACAACCAACUUUGGGUCUACCAAACGAUGCAAUCCAGGAAUUUGAUGACGCAGUUCAAGAGAUCAGAGCCGAGAUUGAAUCCAGACAGAGACGAGGUAGCCUAGCCAAUAUGCCUACGGGCGAUGAAUUGAAGGCUGCUGUGGAAGAUAAAUUAGACUGA